AUGGAGGGGCCGCUGCUGCCGCUGCUCUGCGCUACGGCCGCUUUCCUGCUGUCCUGGGCAGCCGCCGAUACUGUGCCAAUGCGAUGCAGCCGCCCCAAGGACGUGGCUAAUGCUCACAUCGAUGUGGGCAACAACACCCUGCUCAACACCCGCCUGCGCUACACCUGCAACCCCGGCUACAAGCGCAAAGCUGGGACCUCCAGCCUCAUCCAGUGCAUCCUGCGGGAUGACUCCAGGGAGCCCGACUGGACCCACACCACACUCCAGUGCAUCCGGGACCCGGCUCUACCUCCGGAAACCCCCAGUCCUGAGCUCCCAAUGGUGCCGCACACUGAGAGGAUGACCCCGAGGGGAACCACUGAAACCAGCCCGACCUCCAGCCCCUCUCCAGCAGCAACACCCGUACCCCCAGCACCUGAUGGGACAUCACCAGAGACACUUCCACCACUGCAGACAUCCACAAUGGGAGAGGAAACAGCUCCAGGGUCAUCACUGGGGACAACCACACUGCCUGACACCCCCCCAGAGCACACUGCAGUUUCCAUCCAGACCCUGGCCUCUUCCAUUGGGCUCUCAGUGCUGCUGGUUGCUGGCAUUGUGGCCUGCUGCUGCUGGAGGAGGAGAAUGCGCACAGGGCAGAGCCAUGCAACGGCAGUGACAGCCAUCCCCAUGGUGGCUGCUGCUUCUGAGAACGAGGAGAUGCUGCCACCCAGUGUUUACCCCAUGGGCUGAGCACCCAGCACCAGGUAACUCGGAGCACCCACUAGCCCAGAGGAUGCUCAAGGCUGGGAUGCAAAGCUGGA